UUGCAAACACGUGACAAACAUAUGACAAACACAUGCGCUUUCAGUGCUUCACUGUAUUUACAGUUUAACCGGUAAUCGACUUAAAGCUUAAAGUUUGUUCAAUUGUCACAAAAUCAUUGAUAUGUUAAUCAACACCUUUAUGAGGGUUACUUCGGGAAAGUGUCACCUGUUUUGGUGGACAUCAGGAGCCAAAUGCAGGGAUGUGUUGACGAGUAGAAGAUUGUCGUCUUCAUCGGUCGAGAAUAUCGUAAACCGAAAGCAACGCAAAGGGAAUACAAUGUCCGGCAAAACACAUCUGAAUAUCGGAACCAUUGGACACGUGGAUCACGGGAAGACCACUUUGACGUCAGCCCUCACCAAAGUGUGUGCCGACAAUGGCUUCUCCCGGUAUGUGUCCUUCGAUGACAUCGAUAAGGCUCCGGAGGAACAGCUGAGAGGUGUGACAAUCAACGCCUCGCACGUGGAAUACGCGACCAAAACGAGACAUUACGCGCACACCGACUGUCCCGGACAUCGCGAUUACGUGAAGAACAUGAUAUGCGGCACAUCCCAGAUGGACGGCGCCAUCCUUGUCGUGGCCGGCAGUGAGGGACAGAUGCCGCAGACCAGAGAGCAUCUUAUGCUCAGCAAACAGAUCGGAGUCAAGAAAAUUGUGGUUUAUGUCAACAAAUGUGAUCUCAUCGACAAUGAGGUCCAAGAGUUGGUCGAAAUGGAAGUGAGAGAUCUGUUGAAUAAUUAUGGCUUUGAUGGCGACAACACUCCCUUUGUGUUUGGAUCAGCCCUUAUGGCUCUGAGUGGAAACAAAUCGGAUUUGGGAGAGAAAUCCAUUUUAAGUCUUUUGGAUACUCUCGACACUUACUUAACGCUUCCGGAAAGGGACACAAAAUCUCCUUUUCUGUUACCCAUAGAGUCGGCACUUGUCAUCACUGGCAGAGGAACUGUAUGUAUCGGAACUGUGGAAAGAGGGUCUAUAAGUAAAGGCGAUCCCAUUGAGUUAUUGGGCUGGGAUGAGGUGAUUAAAAGUGCCGCAACUGAUAUACAUAUGUUUGGUCGUUCUGUUGACAGCUGUGAGGCCGGGGAUCACAUCGGCUUACUCUGCAGAGGAGUGAAAUCUUCUGGAAUAAAGAUAGAGAGGGGGAUGUAUGCGAGUAAACCGUCCACUCUGUCACUCAAGAAUCGAUUUGAAGCCAAUUUGUAUUUAGUGUCUCCGGGAGAAGGGGGACGACAUAAACCCAUAUCUCAGAAAUAUAUUCAACAAAUAUUUAGCCGGACGUGGAGUGGAGGCGCUCGGAUUGACGUGCCUGACAGUGAAGGCGGGAUUCUUAUGCCCGGAGAUCACGCAAAGAUUCACUUAACUCUUCAAUACGGAAUGCAUAUGAAUAUCGGACAGUCUUUCACCAUAAGAGAGAGCUCCAAGACAAUCGCAUCCGGAGUAAUUAGCGGCUAUUUACCAAAUAUAGCGGUUCCCAAAAAUUUAGGUGUUUUAGAGCUUCCAGAACUCAUCAAAUCAGACCAAAACAAAUAAAAUCAUUAAUUCCCUUAUUUAGUCAUAAGAAAUAAAUACCGGUAUUUGUGAUAAAAAAGUUUAUUAUAAGUACAGUUCAGUUAUACAAUUACUUCAGAGGUUUACAAGAACUUGAACUCAUUUCCAUUAGUUAAAUGAAUGGACACCUCUAUAGCA